AUGAAACUCAAUCAUACUCAUACUACAAAGUUUUACCGACAUGCAGCCAAAAAGGCACGUGACAUUAGACCAUUGCCAAAAGAGAUAACAUUCCAAAAACCGGACCCACCAGGACACAAGAAAAGAGACCCAACACCUGCUGUUGAGAAACCUGGGUCUCGAGCCAGUGGGGAUAAACUAGCUGGGGGGCAGGGAGCAUCAUCCCCAACCCCUCAUACUUUAGUGGGUGUGGUUAAAAGAGAUGAUGAUUUUGAUGGAAGGUCAUCGUUCAGCAGACUAGGUCGUCUGGCCGACCAUGAUGACGCUCCACCUGAGAGACAUGAUUCUCGUGCCAGUAAAGUCAGCUCAAAGAAGUCACGCACAGUCUCCCAGGCCUCAAAGACCCGUACAGAACAGGCCAGCACCCCUAAUAGUAAAGCAAGACAAGGUGCAAAAUCUGCUGGUUCCUCUGGAUCAAGCAAAGCUAUUCAAGCCUCAAACCAGGGCUCGUUUCAGCCUCGAAGGCGAAAUCGUAAGGCAGAAUUAGCGGCUCAGACUGCCGCAGAGCAUGUCAAGAGGAACGGUAUAUGUAUGGUACCAAUCAGAAUGGCUGUCCUCUUCUCUGGUGUAGAAACGAUUACAAACCGGUUGGAUACCCCGGUGCCAGGCCUCGAGGAUAUGUUUGUUACCUUACAGCUUAACAAGCCGUUACUGAACGAGAAACAGAAACAGGAGUUGAACCCAAUGAUCAUCAAUAUUCACUCUGUUACCAACAUGCCCGCGUCACCGAUGACCCAUGAACAGCUGAAAGACAGGUCAGUUACUUUAACAAAGGUGUCUAAUAUAUUUAAUCUUUAGUUUCCCCGACGAUAA